GACAUUCUUAGAUCUUCAGACACCAAACCCUACAUUCACGGACACAAAAACCAAACAAGACCCCAGAACUUUUUACUUUGAUUGGAAUUAGGUUCAAUGGCUUCUUCCUCAGGCAAAUUGACCUUGGCUCUCCUCCUCUCUUCCCUCUUCCUCCAUGCGACAUUAGCCGAGAUCGUGUGCGAGGAGCUGCCCAAGGACCUGUGCGCGUUCUCGAUCGCGUCCUCGGGGAAGAGAUGCUCGCUGGAGACAUACGCGAGCCGGGGUGGUGGGGUCGAGUACCAGUGCCGGACGUCCGAGGUCAUUGUUCAGAGGAUGGCCGGAUACAUCGAGACCGACCGGUGCGUGCGCGCAUGCGGGGGUGAUAGGGACGUCGUUGGCAUCUCCUCGGACGCGCUCCUCGAGCCGCAGUUCACCGCCAAGCUUUGCGCCCCGGCGUGUUACCGGAGAUGCCCCAACAUCGUUGACCUCUACUUUAAUUUGGCUGCCGGAGAAGGAGUAUUUUUGCCGGACUUGUGCGAGGGGCAACGGGCCAACCCGCACCGGGCGAUGAUCGAGCUGCUGAGCUCAGGUGCAGCUGCUGGCCCGGCGGGUAGCCAGUCCUUGGACGACGUGGCCGCUUCUCCGGCUCCGUCGCCCAUGUAAUCUGUCGAUGUAAUUAAGCCAUUCUUCACCUUGUUGGUGGGUGACUAUUAUUCGUUGCCUUUGGGAAUUGCUCUAUCUAUAUUGCAGAAGAGGAAUUAUUAGCUAAGUAGAGAAAGAGGACGUGCGUCCCCUCUAAAUUCUUUGUAUCCGGGCCGGGCUUGUUGAGAUCUCGUUCAAGAGGACAUACACAAUUACAUAUUAUUUUUAGUUA